CUUUAGGCUUUGCUGUUAGAAAACAUCCCACCUGUGGAGCAUAAAAUGGAUACAGAAGACAUAGGCUCAGGUAAACUAGGCCAAAUAUUGAAGCAGAUUUGGAGACAAAACCUGAUGCUAAAGCAGGAGCUCCUGGGUGAAGACCAUUGUGAAGGGGCUGGCAGGGCCACUUGGAUAGCCACAGUGGUCUUUCUGGGUCAAGAACUCAGUGAGGCCCUUCACCAACUCUUGGAACAUACUGCAGGGACUCUGUGCUCCACCUAACAGCAGCUGUAUGUACUGCUUGACAAAGAGAAUUAUUGUACCUGGAGACAAGAAAUCAUUGCAUUCAUAGAUUGCCUCAUGAAAAGAAAAUAUUUGGGGAGCACUGCUACAUUUCUAAAGAAAGAAGAAAAGGAGAUGUGUAAUUUAUGCGGCAUGCAUGAUGAAUGUACUCCACUGCAGACAAUGUCCACCAUUCAAGAUAUCAAAGCAACAGACAUUGCUGCAAGAGGGGAACAAAAUGUCAUAGAAACAGCUACUGUUUCUCCCACAAGAGAGGAAAGUCAUUACACAAACCAGGUUCAGAUAAAAAAAAAUAAAAUACAUAGGAGUUCAGAACUAGUGGGAAAAUAAAACAAUACAUCAUUGAAGGGAGAUGUAACAGGGCAAGAAGAGUCACAGAACAAAAUGUUCCCAGAUAAUGCAGAAAAUGAAGAUGAUAAACAAAUAGAACACAUGACUGUUGAGAACAUAAAUAGCAACAGGGAAGAGAUGCAUGACAUAAUCCAGACAAGAGAAAGAGAAAUUCAAGAGACCUCAGAAAGCCAAAGUGAAGAGAUUACCACAUCCUCAACAACAUGUGAUAUCUCCAGUAAAUAUGUGAAUAGUCCUCUUCCCAGUGAUUCAGAGAGUCUAAAGCAAAAGCAUAACAUCAUGGAAAAGGAGUAUCUUGAUGUGCUGAGUGAUGAUACUGUCACCCAAGUGUCUUGUUAUAUUACAGCACCAUCCUAUGUUCUACAACAUCUAGAAUGACAUAUUAAUAACAUGAGUUCUUUAAUAGUGAGUGAUAAUGAAGAAUUGGUCAGCAAUGUUAUCACUGUAGAGUGCUCAGAUAUGGAAAAGAGAAUUCCAUUUCCAAUAUGCAUUGCAAUUCCAUUUACUGAACGUUACAGGGGAAAUUACAGAGACAUCAUGGUGAAAGUGUCUGAUGUAGACCUUCAAUCAAGUUACCUGACUCCAAAUUCACUGGAAGGAAUGAGAGGAAGUUACAAGGUGACCUGUGCUGAAGUGAAAGUUUAUAAGUUGGGUAUCUUUUCUGUUGUGUCUUGUUUAAAGAAAGAGUCCUUGACAGUAACAAAGAAAGGCCUUACUCUUAAGCCAAGCAUGGAUUCUCAAAUAUCCUUAAAUCACCCUCCAGGAGUUUUCAGCUCACCAGUACUUGUACAAUUAAAGGUCCAACCAAUUGACCCAUCUCUGGUGGCAUAUUUAAAAACUCAGCAAGAUACUUCCUACUCAGUACUAUCCACAAGCCCUCUGAUUCAUGUUCAGCACCCAUCAACACAUCUUUUCCAGAAGCCAAUCACUGUACUCCUACCUUGCUCUACACACCCUGAUAAAAAAAAUCUUGGGUCUGAGAUAGAUCAUAAAAGAACAGCUAGUGCCACAACAAACAGAAUCAUACCUUUAUACCUCAACUGGACAAAAAGCACUUCCAUAAGAAAACCUGGGAACAAUGCUUGUGAAUCUUUGAAAUUAUUGGGAUUCAGAAGCCAAGACAGUGGUUGGUUUGUGCUUGAUGGUUUCGUGGUGAGAACCGUGCAAAGUGGCUUGAUAUCAUUUGAAUUGUGUGAACAUUUAGAGAGGUUUAUAGUGCUUCACCCGUCUUCCAUUGUGGACAAUAGCCAUUUGGUUUCUUUUGUGAAGUCUUUGGAGGAAGCCAUGCUCAGCAUCACUGUUUGCAUUGUACUUUAUCACCAGAAAGACAACCCACAUAGAACUGUCAUUUUAGUGGUGCCUUCUAAAGAUUUACAUCAGGUGCUUAGGAACUUGCGCUUGGAAGCGUCUAGUGGUCCUCCAGAGCCAUCUCGCCAUUUCCAAGUGAAAGAAGGAGAACAACUCCUUUUAAGGUUUACUGGAAACAUAUUUGCUUCAAGCAAUGGGAAGGAUUAUGGAAAAGACUACAAGCUUAUUUUUCAUUUACAAAGGAAACCUAGACUGGAACUCCAAAUCAAAGAGGUGGAUGAAUUUGGAAACUAUAGCUGCCCUCAUUAUAAGGGUACCAUUGUAGUUUAUAAAGUACCUAAAGAAAAGAUAGUCCACAACUUGGAUCAAUCUCUUAUACUUAACGAAAACAAUUAUCAGUUGCCAAUUUGCAAAUUACCAUUGAAAUUGCCAAAGGUGAGUCAUUUUACUUCCCUAAUUACUCUGAAUGUGAUGUACCGGGUAAAAGAAACUGCUGUAAAUAGCCCUUCUGUGAUGUGGUGGGUCCCCCUGGAGUUUACAACUCUUGGACUUAUCCGUACUGAGCCUCUAGCAAUUUAUCAAUUUUGGUUCAGGUUUCCUUACCCUGGCCCUAGCUCCCAUGGUGGUUUGUGCUUGUGGGUUUCCGCUCUGGACAGAGUGGCAACUUUUAACCUCUCACAUGUUAGUCUGGAAACCGAAAGUCUAGCCCACUUCUUCAUGCCAGUCAACUGCUUGUCCACUGCUCUGUGCUCAGGUCCACACUGUGAUUCUAAAGUAGCAGGGGAAAUGCAGCUCUUGGACAUCGUGGAACUGGUGGAACCAGGGAAAGUGAAAGUGCUGGGGUCUGAGGAAUAUUUUGAGCAGUUCCUGUUUCCAGUCAUCAGCAAGAUGCAGGAGACUACUGUGUCUUGCACCGGAGUGCACAGGAGAGCAUAUAGGCAGAAUAGGAAAGCCCUGUGGGACAACUUGCUCUACUGGCUGGCAGACGAGCUCUCAGAAGAAAACGCCCUGUGUCUCUUCUCAUCCCUCCCCCUUCGCCACAGCACCAUUCAGCUCAUCAAACUGAAGAACCCUGAUGAUCUCACAGAACAGACCCACGAACUUCUUUGCUUUUGGAAAAGAUCACUCCCAAAUUCCACGGACAAACUUCGUCUUCUGGCUCGCCAUCUCCGCAAGAUCGGCAGGAGUGACCUUGCAGAAGAGCUCAAAUUCAAGUGGGAAAAAGUGUUCACUGAACCCCAGCAGUGGUCUGAUGUGGUGGAGUUCAGCCCCGUUGCUCUUUCUUUUGCCCUAGGAAAAGUGUCACAGUCGGUUUGA